AUCAGCAGCAGCAGCAGCAGCAGCACCUCACUCGGCCCAACUGCCCUUCUGCUUCCUCUUAACAUCAGCCUCGCAUACUUUUUUCCAAACUUUACACGACGACUCGUCGCAUCUCGAAAACAAAUCUUUUCCUCAAGACUUGAAAUUCUUCUACUCCAACAACCGCAAACAUGUUGAUCAAGGUCCGCACACUCACCGGCAAGGAGAUCGAGCUUGAUAUCGAGAUGGACUACAAGGUCUCCCAGAUCAAGGAAAAGGUGGAGGAGAAGGAGGGUAUCCCCCCCGUUCAGCAGCGUCUGAUCCACGGUGGAAAGCAAAUGACGGACGACAAGACGGCCGCUGAAUACAACCUCGUCGCUGGCGACACUCUUCACCUCGUCCUCGCCCUUAGGGGAGGACGAUGGCUGGCAUAGACAAAUCAUCCACAGCGACUUAGAGACAAUCCGAGAACCCUCCUGACACGGCUAUUUGCGCUGGUCAUGGGAACAACAAACAUGAGGCUGCAUUUCACCGGCGUUGGACAAGGAGGGACGAUGCGCAACAUAGAACAGGUGGAUGUAUUGCGUAUGUGUGUGUAUGGUCGCAAGAGGCCGGCCAGCAUCAGAAAUGACUUGUGAUGUGACGUUCAAGGUGAACCGCGGCACUGCGCAGCAUGCUGUCAUGAGUUGUGUGUUGCUUAUACCCAAGAAUCACCACCACGGGCACGGGGAGAAGCGCUGGGAGAAUGCGCCCUGCAAGCUGCUGUCGUUUCAAUGCGUGUAGUUCUCUGUCAAUUCCAGUCAUGCCUCUAAAG